CCAAUUUGAGAAUUUACCCACAUGGUUUGGUGUUACUGGACCUUCAGAGUUAUGAUACCGAUGCACAGAGCAAGGAAGAAAUUGACACACUUCUGAACAAAGUUGAAGAAAGAAUGAAAGAAUUGAACCAGGACAGUACUGGACGGGUGAAGCGAUUACCACCCAUAGUGCGAGGAGGGGCCAUCGACAGAUACUGGCCCACCGCUGACGGGCGCCUGGUUGAAUACGACAUUGAUGAAGUGGUGUAAUGAUAAGAUUCUCCGUAUCAAAACAUUAUUUUACACUCAAAGCAAUUUGGAAAUAUUCUCAUUCUUAGCGGGGAUGUUAAUUUGGCAGAGAGUGACUUGGCGUAUACCCGGGCCAUCAUGGGCAGUGGCAAAGAAGAUUACACUGGCAAAGACGUACUGAUUCUGGGAGGUGGAGAUGGGGGCAUAUUAUGUGAAAUAGUCAAACUGAAACCAAAGAUGGUCACUAUGGUAGAGAUUGACCAAAUGGUGAUUGAUGGAUGUAAGAAAUAUAUGCGAAAAACGUGCGGUGAUGUCUUAGACAAUCUUAAAGGAGACUGCUAUCAGGUUCUAAUAGAAGACUGUAUUCCAGUACUGAAGAGGUACGCCAAAGAAGGGAGAGAGUUUGAUUAUGUGAUUAAUGAUUUGACGGCUGUUCCAAUCUCCACGUCUCCAGAAGAAGAUUCCACAUGGGAGUUUCUCAGACUGAUUCUUGACCUCUCCAUGAAAGUAUUGAAGCAGGAUGGGAAAUAUUUCACACAGGGGAACUGUGUCAAUCUGACAGAAGCCCUGUCGCUCUAUGAAGAACAGCUCGGGCGCCUGUAUUGUCCUGUGGAAUUCUCGAAGGAGAUCGUUUGUGUCCCUUCAUACUUGGAAUUAUAUCCUUUGACCGUGACAUUGUGUUGCCGGAUCAGAGCACCCAAGUCAAUCCUAUGCCAAUUUAACAUUUUUAAAUCACAGUAAUGAAUGGAAUUAGCUCUGGAAUAUAUAAAGCCUGGGUUCUCAAACUUGGCUGCAUAUUGGAAUUCCCCCAGGAGCUUUAAAACAAAACAAAACAGAUUCCCAAGUCCCACCCUCAGAAACUCUGGGAGAUGACUUGCCACAAGUUCCUAGAUGCUUUUAACAAGCAGCACUGGUCCAAAAGCACUGGUUCUCAAAGGAAUUCUCAAACUUGCAGCAUCACCUGGGAAGAGCUAGUUAGACAUUCAAAUUCUCAAGCCCCAUCCUGACCUGCUGCCCGGUCAGAUGCUGGAAGUGGGGCCCAGGGACUUGUUUUACCAGCCCUCCAGGGGAUUUUUGUGCACCUGAAAAGCUUGAGAAGCCCUAGUCUAAAACAUUGCCAUACUUGUGAUAGGUAAAAGUCUGUAUGAAGAC